CACGGUUUUACUGCUCAUAAAUUGUCUAAUAAACUCGGUCAGCGUCAAAUAAAAUUUUUCAUUAAAUACUCGCCUGUUGCUCUUUACGGUCGAGCACAAAGCAACGGAAAAGUUUUACGACGUUUAACCAACAGUUUUCGGUCCAAAAACUACCCAAGUACGAAACAGUAAAUAGGAAAAAAAAUGGAGUACCAAGUUAUACCGGAAAAUAGAUUCGACGAAGUCAUACAUCAUUUGCGCUUCAAUUUCCCGGACGAACCCCUCAAUGUUUCGGUGGGUUUUUGCCAAGUUGGCGAGGAGUGCGAGCUCCUCGAACACCACGACCUGGCCACCCUUCAAGAAGGACUCUCAGUGAUGGCCCUGGACACCGAGACUGGAGUGAUAGCUGGCGUGGCGCUGAACGGUUUGUCGAAAAGGGGCGACGUUGAAAAGUCUAUAGAGGAGAUGAAGUCCAUAGACAACCUUCAGUAUCAUCGAAUUUUCGGCCUGUUGAAUAACGUCAACAAAGAGAUCGAUCUGUUCUCAAAAUAUAACGUCGAAGAAAUAUUUGAAAUAAGGAUUUUAUCUGUUGAUAGUCGCUAUAGAGGUCGAGGACUUGCCAAGGAACUUUUCAAUCGAAGCGGAAUUUUAGCCGCUGAAAAAGGAUUUAAAUUGCUGAAAACGGAUGCGACGAGCCUGUUCACCCAAAAGGUGGCCGAAUCGAACGGUUUCUUCACGGAGAAGAGUGUUAAGUACGGCGAUUACAAGGACGAAAAUGGCAAAAAAAUCUACAACACCCAAUCGCCCCACGAUUACUACAAAGUGAUGAUAAAACUGGUCAACACAGAGAACAAACAUUGAAUCGAUGUUCAUAAUAAUUUAUUUGAUGGUUUCCAUGGGACCUAAGAAAAAUGUUAAAGCUGCUCAACUGCCAUGCAGGGUUUAACAUUUUACCGACUGAUUUUUUUCUAAAUCGAAUAUUUCGAGUUUGACACAUUUUUUUAUUGUGGACGAACAGUUUUGUUACAUAAAUAGAUUAUUGUAUUUUUUAAAGUCUGUCGUUCCUGACAAUAAUAUCAGUUGAUCAAAUGUAGAGAGUCUUCGUUCUACAUUUUGUCUGUAAUUUUUUAAUGAUUUACAAACGGGCAAUCAUUAUAAGAGUCUUUUCUACUGUUGUUGAAGUAUGGUAUUGUUGUUGAAUAGAGAAUAUAUAAAGAA